AGGAAAACGACAAUCAUGGCGGCAAAAACGAAAGUUGACAACAUUCAACAGAUGCCAUGGACUGAUUUCAAUUAUUGCUACUACUAGAGGCAUCAAUGGAGAACGGUGGCCUUACAGAUGAACAGAGGAGGAAGAUAGAAGAAAACCGCAGACGAGCCUUGGAGCGACGUCAACAAAAGAGUCCACAGAAAGCAUCUCUUCUUGUUCAGACUGUCACUACGACCAAUAUCAUUCAGGCACCUCCUCAAUUUCCAGGAUACAAAGGACUAACAAGCAGUUUAGGUCAGGCAACUGCAAGAAGCAAUGGGACAAACUCCUGUCAGCAGAGUUCAAAGCCCCUUUCUUCAUCACUAGGAUCACUUUCCACAGAUAAAGCAUCACUUCACAGUAACCAGUUUCAACAGUUCAGCUAUUCCAGUUCUUCUGCCCAGAACAAAUCUGGUGGAUGGAAAAAUGCCAGAACCAAUUCCUCCAGCACAACAAGUAGCUCAUAUCAGUCUGGAACUAAGAAAGAUCCUGUGUCAGCCAAAGUGUUCUAUUCCCAAAAUACAGUGAAAGGACAUUGUGUGUUGGAGUCGAGGGAAACGUUCCGGGUGGACGUUGGCUAUCAUGUGGGACUGGUGGAGAUAUUUAAAUCCCUCAACACAAAAUUAUAUGAUGCUGUCAGUAGAAAGUGGAGCUUUAAGCUAGAAGAUUAUGACAACCUAUUGAAGGCUGUGAGCCCCCUGAAACCCCAGGUCCAGCUGGAGCCCCUCCCCAGAGCUGUACUGCAGACGUUUGCCAAGCAACUCCGGGGCACCUACGAGUCCAGUGACAUCCCUGAUGCUGACCUCUCAAUCGAUUCUGUACUGGUCGAUGCCCUCAUGCCCUUCCAGCGACUCGGUGUCAGUUUUGCCAUCCAUAAGCAAGGCCGAGUGCUGCUAGCCGAUGACAUGGGUCUUGGAAAGACCAUACAAGCCAUCUGUGUUGCAGCCUACUAUCGCCACCUGUGGCCCCUGCUGGUUGUCUCCCCUUCUUCUGUCAGGUUUGACUGGGCUCAGCAAAUACAGCGAUGGAUCCCGAGUCUGGAUCCCCAGGAGAUCAAUGUUGUGGUGUCAGGCAAGUCCAGUUGUACCUCGGGGCAGGUGAACAUCGUCAGUUACGACAUUCUGGCACGGAAGGCUGAAGACAUCAAGAAGAAACACUUCCAGGUGGUCAUAAUGGACGAGUGCCACUUCCUGAAAAACUUCAAGACUGUUCGGACAAAAGCUGCUCUGCCAAUACUUCAGAGUGCCAGGAAGGUGUUGUUGCUGUCAGGGACACCGGCCCUGUCUCGUCCGUCAGAGCUGUACACACAGAUUGUUGCUGUGGUUCCAUCGCUGUUCAAGUUCCAUGACUUUGGUGUCCGCUACUGUGAUGGGAAACAGCAACCGUGGGGCUGGGACUUCUCGGGGGCAUCCAACAUGGCGGAGCUUCAGCUGCUGCUUGAGGAACGGAUCAUGAUCAGGCGACAGAAGAAGGAUGUGUUGUCCCAGCUUCCAGCUAAGGUCCGUCAGAUGGUGUUGCUGGAUCCGCAGUCCAUCAAAUCCAACAAGGACCUGAAGAACUCCUCCAAACUCCUUGAUCACAAGAACCUCAAGGGGAUGGAGAAACGAGGAGCCUUGCUGGAGUACUUCCAUCACACCUGCACUGCUAAGACAAAGGCUGUCAGAGACUACAUACUGGAUAUGCUGGAGUCGGACAAGAAAAUCAUCGUGUUCGCACAUCAUCAGGAGAUGCUGGAUGCAGUCGAAGAUGCCAUUGUGUCUUGUAAGAAUGGUCCUGAGUUUAUUCGGAUUGAUGGCAAGACUUCCUCCGAGCAGCGGAAUAUCUACUGUAGACGGUUUCAGACCAGUGAGUCUGUGAGAGUGGCUGUCCUGUCCAUCACCGCCGCCAACGCAGGACUCAACAUGGCGGCCGCCUCUGUCGUUAUAUUUGCCGAGCUGUUUUGGAACCCAGGGAUCCUGGUUCAGGCAGAAGACCGAGCUCACCGUCUGGGGCAGAUGGACUGUGUCAAUGUCCACUACCUGGUUGCCCAGGGAACUGCUGAUGACUAUAUAUGGCCUCUCAUACAGAGCAAGCUGGAAGUGCUGAGUAAGGCUGGACUUACCAAGGACAACUUCUCAGAGGCAGACACUACACACAUGAAGGAUUCUAGAUCAAAGGACAUCAUGGGUUAUUUUGAGGACUCCUUCAUUGAGGAAGAAGAGGAGGAAGGUGAUAAGCCCAAUGAAGAGUCUCCAAAACCGUCAACAUCUCCUGCCACAUCGCCAGCAAAACAGCUACACAGAACAGAACACAGCGCUCGUCAGUCAAAUAUUGACCAAUUCUUUGUGACAAAGAGUGGAGACAAGCCCUCACAGGACUCAACGACCCAGGAUGACGACUUUGAUUCAGAUGACUUCUAUGACAACUUUACCAGUGAAGACAUGCUGGCUCUCACAGAUGAUGUUGACUGGGAUGAGGACAUUCAUGAGCCCGAUCUUAAAAAGAGAAAACUGUGACAGGACAUGUAUAGGCACAGAGUCUAUAGGUGGUCUCGUCUGAAUGGUGUCCAUGUAAACUUAUGAAUUGCCAGAGUUGUGUUCAACUUUACUGUACAAACACUGUCAGAUGGGUAGGAUAUGAGUGUUAAACACUGUCAGAUGGGUAGGAUAUGCGUGUUAAACACUGUCAGAUGGGUAGGAUAUGCAUGUUAAACACUGUCAGAUGGGUAGCAUAUGCAGUUAAACACUGUCAGAUGGGUAGGAUAUGAGUGUUAAACACUGUCAGAUGGGUAGGAUAUGCGUGUUAAACACUGUCAGAUGGGUAGGAUAUGCGUGUUAAACACUGUCAGAUGGGUAGGAUAUGCAUGUUAAACACUGUCAGAUGGGUAGCAUAUGCAGUUAAACACUGUCAGAUGGGUAGGAUAUGAGUGUUAAACACUGUCAGAUGGGUAGGAUAUGCGUGUUAAACACUGUCAGAUGGGUAGGAUAUGAGUGUUAAACACUGUCAGA